AUGGAGAUGGAGCUUAAUUUUAAGAGAUUAAAGGGUACUAAAGUAGAGAAGCUGGAGGAACCUUUUUCAAGAGAGGAGAUUAGAGAGGCAGUUUGGAGUUGUGAGGAAUCGAAAGCUCCUGGUCCGGAUGGGUUUAACAUGUGUUUUUUCAGGAAAUAUUGGAAUACCAUUAAAGAGGAUCUGUUUAGAAUGAUGUCAGAUUUCUAUAGGUCUGGCAAGCUUGAAAGAUCCAUCAAUAGUUCGUUUAUUACUUUAAUUUCUAAAAUGGAGAAUUCGAGUGAGAUAGCUGAUUUUCAUCCAAUCUGUCUGAUUGGAUGGUUGAUGGAUUGUGUUUCUAUAGUGAGAGCUGCUAUCCUUGUAAAUGGAUCGUCUACAAAUGGAUUUAAUUUUCGCAAAGCGUUACGUCAAAGAGAUCCUAUAUCACCAUUCCUUUUUAUUCUAGUAACGAAGGUCCUACACUUGUUGCUGGAAAAAGUAGAGAUGUUAGGGCUUAUUGUAGGUGUUCAAGGUGUUAUUCUAGAUCAAAUGGUUUUGCAUUUACAAUUUACGGAUGAUACGAUCUUGUUUUUAAAGGCUGAGGAAAGGGUGGUGGAAAAUAUGAAAUCUAUUCUUCGUUGUUUUGAGAUAUUUUUGGGUUUGAGUAUAAACUUCAAAAAAUCAUGCAUUGUGGGGUUUGGUGUGAAUGAGGAAUUUUUGUAUCGCAUAGCAGCUUUAUGCAAAUGCAAGAUAGGGGUGUUGCCUAUCUGUUAUUUGGGUUUACCGUUAGGAGCGGAUUCGAGGAAAGUUGCUACUUAA